AUGCUUUUUUCUUUAUUUCGUUCCCGGUUGGAGCAGGCAACUUUGUUAUCGUUUCCCUGUCAGCGGUUGAUUCGUAGACAGGAAAAUGCGAUUGCGAGCAGCGUUUCUCCUGUCUCGUCCUGUUUUAUUAUUCGUUACGAAAGAUUUUAUGAAACAAGUUUUAUCAGUUGUUUAUCAAAAUUUAACCCCAUUGAACGCGGUUGUCUUGCGUUUGAUAACGAUUGGAUUCGGUUCCGGACGCAAAACCGGUAUGGAAGUGUUUAUCAAUUUCGUUUGUCAAAAUUACAGUCAUAUUUAUCCAUCGUCCUGUACUAUGCGUCAGUUCCUAAUGCUAUUUCUAACCCUGCGCGCUCUGCUGUAUCUGAGAGGAACGUGUUUCCUAGUUCCCUUUGUGAAUCUCCACCUCAGCAGGAAUGAAGGAAAUGGAAAGGUAGAAUGAGAAUAAAGUAUAGAAAUGACUCAUUGGACGGAGUAUGUUGUUGAUUUAGCAUCACAGCUGGGCUGCACCUUGUGCCCGCAUUACUAUCGAUUUGGCGUAUGUAUUUUUGCAUUUCUUUGUUGACUUUUAGUAUGUUUCGCAUUAUCAUUUCUUGAGAACAAAGUAAUGAACUCCGGCUCCUGUAAUUCUUGACCUUGGCAGCACUUUUUCUACUUCACCGAUCUGCUAAAUUUGACCCGCCACUUCUUAUGAUGAAGCAUUCCCACGGGACUGUUGUUUGGUGGCAACACGUCUAGGCAUCGCAUUCAUCGACUCUAUUAUACUCCACAUGUCUAAACGCAAACCGAUUUACUGUAUCUCUUGCUUACAGCUUUUUUUUUUUUGUCGAAUCUGCGAGCGAAGUUGCCAUUUUCAACAAAUCAGUCCUAAACGAAGCUUGUGUAGUUUUUGCCUUUCAUCACAAAAUGAAAAUUUCAAAUACCAGCCAUAAUGAAUUGACACAAUCGCCUACCAAUUCUCAACCGCUUCUGCCGGCUCACUCGAACCCAAAAAUAUUUAUCCAC